ACUCAAACUUGUUUGAGAAAGGUAAAAUUUGUCCCCAGCCACAUACAUAAGUUAUUAAAUAAAUUUAAAAAGUGAUCUUUUAAGUUUUAAAUUUGGCUUACAAUUCGGGCAAAAUAAUUAGGAAAAAUUUGGCGGCUGCUUACAAUUUUCCAAUUUUUUAUGCUAAAUUUGACUCCUAUUUAGAAUUUUCCAAUUUUUUAAUGCAAAAUACAAGAUUAUAAACAGAAAAAUCAAUGUAAAAAAAUUACAUCAUAUUCAUAGUUAGUUUUUUGAAUUCAAUUCAAUGGAAGAAAAACCACACAUAGUAGUAGUUCCAAGUGCAGGAUUCACUCACCUAGUACCAAUCCUUGAAUUCUCCAAACGUCUUGUUAAUCUCCACCCACAAUUUCACAUCACAUGUAUAAUCCCUUCAAUUGGGUCACCACCAUCUUCAUCAAAAUCUUAUCUUCAAACCCUUCCACCAACAAUUUCAUCAAUUUUUCUUCCACCUAUAAGUCUUGACCAAUUACCAGAUACUGAAAUCCUAGCUGUCCAAAUUGAACUGUCAGUAAAACUUUCUUUGUCUUACAUAAAACAAGAAUUAAAAACCUUAAUUUCUUGUUCCAAAGUUGUUGCUAUUGUUGUUGAUGUUUUUGCACAUGAUGUUUUUGAUUUAGCUAAGGAUUUUAAUCUUUUGUUUUAUGUUUAUCUUCCACUAGCUGCUAUGAUUCUUUCUACUUAUUUUUAUUCUUCAAAGUUAGAUGAAAUUCUUUCUAAUGAAUCUAGAGAUCCAAAUGAAUUGAUAAAAAUUCCUGGUUGUGUUGGUUUUGAUCUUAAUGAUCUUCCUAUCCCUUUUCGAUUUCGAUCGAAUAUCGGUUACACGAAGUUUCUUGAACGUGCAAAAAAAUUUCAACUUUUUGAUGGGAUUUUUGUGAAUAGUUUUGUUGAAUUUGAAGAAGAUGCUAUAAAGGGUUUAAAGGAAGUGAAGAAGAAACCUAUGGUUUUUCCAGUGGGACCCAUUAUUCAAAAAGUUUCAAUUGGUGAUGAAAAUGGUUCAAAGUGCUUAACUUGGUUGGAAAAACAAGAACCUAAAUCUGUUUUGUUUGUUUCAUUUGGAAGUGGUGGAACACUUUCACAAGAACAAGUGAAUGAACUAGCUUAUGGUUUAGAAUUGAGUGGUAAAAAAUUUCUAUGGAUUUUGAGGUUACCAAAUGGUGUUGCUAAUGCUACUUAUUUUGUUGGUGAAAAUGAAAUUGAUGAUCCUUUGAAGUUUUUACCAAAUGGGUUUUUGGAGAGAACAAAGGAACAAGGAUUGGUUGUUCCAUGUUGGGGUCCACAGAUUCAAGUACUUGAACAUAGUUCAACUGGUGGAUUUUUGUCUCAUUGUGGUUGGAAUUCUGUUCUUGAAAGUGUUGUUUAUGGUGUUCCGGUGAUUGCGUGGCCUUUGUUUGCUGAACAAGGUAUGAAUGCUGCUAUGUUGUGUGAUGGUGUGAAAGUGGCUUUGAGACCAAAAGUUAAUGAUGGUGGUUUAGUUGAAAGAGAUGAGAUUGUUAAGGUUGUUAAGGGAUUGUUUGAUGGCGAAGAAGGGGUUGAAAUUCGGCGAAGAAUUGAAUGUUUGAAAAGUGUUGCUAAUGAUGCUAUAGAUGAAUUGGGAUCAUCUACUAAGGCUUUGUCAGAAGUGGUUGCUAUUUGGAAUGAGGUUUAGACAUAAGAAAGUAUUUUCAAUUUUCUUAGAUUAUGUUUCUGUUUGAUUACAAUCCUUUUUAUAUGUCUUAGGUUACUUUGUUUGUGCUAAUGUUCAGCCACCAACUAAGGAUAUGUAACUAAUUAUUUACUGUUUAAUGUCAUAUAAAUAAUCUGAGUAGAAAUGCAUCAUUAAAUUACGUAAAUUUAGCACUUAUCACGCCCAUCAGGGUAUCAUCUCAAAACUAUUUCGUUAUGUCUGCGGUGCAAAUUCUGGUUAAAUCUUAGCUUUAGAGUGCAAUUCUAAGGAAGAGGGCCGGCGUUACCUCUGUUGUAUCUCAAAACCCUUUUCUGUUUGAAUUCGAAUUAGUGAAAUUAUUUGUCCUAAGGGUGUGUUUGAUCUGAAAAUCCUUGUAUAAGUUGUUGUGUAUCAGGUAGGAUGCACACUUGAAGUGGGAGAUAUCAGAUAUGUGGCUUUAUUUCCACAUAGUGGAGUUGGUCAUGUUUAUGGUCUGUAUUUGCUAUGACAUAUCUUGUUUACCACCAACCAUAUCUAAGAAAAGUAACGUAAGCAACAACUUCACAAACAAAAAACUUAAAAACAAACACAAAUGUUACAUGUGAACAUAAUUCAGUUGGUAGGAACAUUGCAUGUAAUAUGCAGGAAUCAGGGUUCGAAUCCUGAUAUUCCCACUUAUCCACCAUAAACACAAAUGGUCCCCAUUAACAUAACUCAGUUGAUAGAUAUUUUUUAUUAAGAUGAUGAUAGUAACAUAGAUAUAAUGUUUAGUUGCAUUGCAUAAGCACUUACAUCACCAUACAUCCUUUACUCAUGAUGCAACAACAGUCAAAUAAUUAGUUGAAUCCAUAUCAGCAAUCAAUCCACAUUGACAUAUUACCUUUGAAUACAAUUAUACAACUAUUAGUCCUUCCCAUCACUAUUAUAAGUCACUAUCACUUGAUAGAUAUUUUGCAUAUGUAGAACUUUCAAAAUUGAACUCUAACAAUAUGCUCAAAAGUUGAAAUAUUUAAUACUUACUUCCCUAUAUAUAAAAUACAUUCCUAUGAAUAUAUCUUAAAUUAAACAAACAAACCACAAACAGCUUUGUGAAUAGUUCAUAAGAAAACAUCCAUUAUAGUCAAUUCCACAAGCUGUGUUUCAAUGGCAAAGACAAAACACAUAGCUGUUAUUCCAAGUCCUGGUUUCAGCCACUUAGUUCCAAUACUAGAAUUCACCAAAAGAUUAGUCACAAAUCACCCAAAUUUUCAUGUAACUUGCAUCAUUCCCUCACUUGGGUCACCACCAGAUUCAUCAAAAUCAUAUCUUGAAACCAUUCCACCAAAUAUAAACUCCAUCUUUCUUCCACCAAUCAACAAACAAGGUAUAUCUCAAGGAGUACCUCCAGGAAUCCAAAUUCAACAAACUGUUACACUCUCUCUACCAUCAAUUCAUCAAGCCUUAAAAUCCUUAACUUCAAAAGCACCUUUACUUGCUAUAAUUGCUGAUACUUUUGCAUUUGAAGCACUUGAUUUUGCAAAAGAGUUCAACUCUUUGUCUUACAUUUACUUCCCUUGUUCAACUUUUGUACUUUCACUUCUUUUAUAUUUGCCAAAACUUGAUGAAGAGGUUUCAUGUGAAUACAAAGAUUUACAAGAACCUAUAAAGCUACAAGGAUGUGUACCAAUCAAUGGUAUUGAUCUUCCAAAAGCAUCACAAGAUAGAUCACAUGAAGGUUACAAAAUGUAUCUUCAACGUGCAAAAAGUUUGUAUUUUGUUGAUGGAAUCUUGAUUAAUAGCUUCUUUGAAUUGGAAUCUAGUGCUAUUAAAGCAUUGGAACAAAAGGGCCAUGGAAAAAUCAGUUUUUUUCCUGUUGGACCUAUUACACAAAUAGGAUCAAGUAAUAAUGAUGAUGUUUUUGAUGAGUUUGAAUGUUUGAAAUGGUUAAAAAAACAACCUCAAAAUUCUGUUUUGUAUGUUUCUUUUGGAAGUGGUGGAACACUUUCUCAAAGACAAAUCAAUGAACUAGCUUUUGGUUUGGAGUUGAGUGGUCAAAGAUUCAUUUGGGUUUUGAGAGCACCAAGUGAUUCAGUUAGUGCUGCUUAUCUUGAAGCUACAAAUGAAGAUCCAUUGACAUUUUUACCAAAUGGGUUUUUGGAAAGAACAAAAGAAAAAGGUUUUAUUUUGCCAUCAUGGGCACCUCAAGUUGAAAUACUUAACCAAAAUUCAGUUGGUGGAUUUUUAAGUCAUUGUGGUUGGAAUUCAGUUUUGGAGAGUAUACAAGUGGGGGUGCCAAUAGUAGCUUGGCCUUUGUUUGCAGAACAAGCAAUGAAUGCUGUUAUGUUAAGUGAUGAUCUUAAAGUGGCAAUAAGGUUGAAAUUUGGAAAUGAUAAGAUUGUGGAAAAGGAGAAAAUUGCAAAAGUGAUUAAGUGUGUGAUGGAAGGUGAAGAAGGUAAGGGAAUGCGUGAAAGAAUGAAGAGUUUGAAAGAUUGUGCUGCUAAUGCAUUGAAAGAUGAUGGUUCUUCAAUACAGACUCUGUCUCAUUUGGCUAGUCAAUGGGAUUUAGGAAAAUAAAUGUUGUUCAAGCACGGACGCCGGACCUUACAUGAUGACACAGACAUGUCGACAUUAAUAAUAAUUUAAGAAAAUGAUGUAAUUUCAGGCACUGACGCGUGUUCAACACAAAAAACACGCUUAAUCAAAAGAAUGUCAAAAUAAUGUCCGUAUCCUUCAUAGAUUUUUACUUAUUUAAGUUAUUUUGAUUUUAAGGUUUCUUGUUAGCUGUA